UCAUUCAGUCACUAAAAAACCCAAUGGAUUUCUCCACUCUGAUAUCAAAGUCUAUUGACUUGCUGAACCAACAUGCUCCCCAAGCUGUCCAGUUAUACAACAGAGCCACGCCUACUGACUUGAUUGUUGUUGGCGCUGCCACUCUCUUGACGCUGUACAACAUCACUUCGAUGAUUAAUAAGUCCAAGUACAGCCAUCUCAAUAUGCCUCGCAAGGUCGCUUAUUCAUUGCCACUCGUUGGACAUACUUUGUACAUGACUUUCAACGCCAACAGGUUUCUUGACUGGUGCGUUGCAAACUAUGGUGACACCUUUGACUUGGAUAUCCUUGGAAAGACCAUUACGGUUGCCGGGGGAAAGAUCGCCGAACAGGUUAUGAAGGAGGAUGGACACGUCUUGUCUUUGGAGCAUGGUGUUUUGACAGAAACUCUCCACGUUAACUACGUGUUCAACAAGGAUACCUUUUUCCUAGGAUUUACUGCAAACCCUGCUAUCAUCAAGCUACUUCUAGCUCCAUCCAAAAUGCCAAACUUCACCUCAAGAAUCGUUGAAUCCGUCAAUUAUGGCCUUUCUCAAAUUGCCUCCGACCUGCCUCUCAACGUCGAAAACACUCCUGUCUUUCUUCAAGAGCUCGUAGCUUUUAUCAGUGUUCGCAUUCUCAUCGGUGAAGAGGUCGCCAAGAACCGCGAAGUCAUUGAUACUUUUGCUCAAUUCACCAACGAUAUCACUCGCAAUGUUCCCUUGUGGCAAGUCUUACCGGAGUUCCUCCACAAACCAAUGCUUCCAUAUUUGCAAUCACUCAACCGCCAUAAGGUUUGCAUGGAUACCCAUGUUGAUCCCGUUGUGGAGAAGCGAAGAAAGAUGCUUCGUGACGGUGAACUCGAGCGUGGUAGCAAAUGCGAUUACCUUCAGGAGCUUAUUGAAUAUCAGUAUCCUGAUGGCAAGACUUUCACCAACAAGGAAAUCACUGAUGGUGUUUUGCUGAUCGCUUUCGCCUCCGUUCAUACUACCAGUCAGAAUCUAAGCUUCGGUUUGUUCUGGCUCCUUUGCCGACCUGAUGUUUGCGACCAACUUCGCCAGGAAAUCGAUCAAGUUCUUGCUCGUCACAAUGAUAAAAUCAAUGACGAAUCCUUGAAGGAAAUGGUUUUCCUCGACCGAUUUUUGCGUCAAGUCCUUCGUCUCGGUGUCGACAAAUUAGCUACCGGUAAAAUGGCGAUGGAAGACUAUACCUUCAUGAACGGAUACCAAAUUCCCAAGGGCCGCUUGGUUCAAUCUUUGAGUCGUCGUAUCAUGUUCGAUUCCUACACUGUUGAUUCAACUCUUGAUGAGAUGGAUCCCUUCACAGAGACCAAGAGAGAAGCAACACAGACCGGUCGUGAUAACAUUGCUUUUGGUCUUGGAAAGCAUAUGUGUCCUGGUCGUUUCUUUGCCAUUCAUGAAAUCAAGAUUGUUUUGAUCACGCUCUUGAAGCACUAUAAUGUUGAGCUGCGUGACAAGAGCAAGCCUGUCGACCCUGUUGUAUAUGCCCUCGGCAUGUUCGCCACACCCAACGAAAACCCUAUCGUCAUCACAGCAAGAAAGUAAACCGCCUGCCCAUACCGGCAAGUUAGAAAUCACAGUAGACUCUCUCAGAGUCAUAGAUAACUAUUAUUUCUCAUAUUGCACCUUUAAAACUAAAAUGUAUUUAUAAUGU